AUGGGAAACAGCUCUUUUUGGGAUGAUCAGAACAGCACCUGCAGCAACGCAGGCAACAGCUGCUACCUGGACAACAGCAUGAGGUUCAAUUUGACAUUCCAAGAGCAGGCAGCAGAUUUCUACAUUGUUCUCCCCGUGAUUUACUCUGUGAUCUGUGCUGUUGGGCUCACAGGCAACACUGCUGUCAUCUAUGUGAUCCUCAAGGCCCCCAAGAUGAAGACUGUGACAAACAUGUUCAUCCUGAACCUUGCUAUAGCUGAUGACUUGUUCACACUUGUCUUGCCCAUUAAUAUUGCUGAACACCUCCUCCACUACUGGCCCUUUGGAGAAGUCCUCUGCAAGGUCAUCUUGUCCAUAGACCACUACAAUAUAUUCUCCAGCAUUUAUUUCCUAACAGUGAUGAGCAUAGACAGGUAUCUGGUAGUACUGGCUACAGUCAGGUCCAAGAGGACGCCGCAUCGUACGUACCGAGCAGCCAGGAUUGUCAGUUUGUGCAUCUGGAUCCUAGUCACCAUCAUAGUUCUCCCUUUCAUCAUCUUUGCCAAUGUCUACAUAGAUGACCUGGAGAUCAAGAGUUGUGGUCUCAAUUUCCCCAAGCCUGAGAGGUUUUGGUUCAAAGCCAGCAGGAUCUAUACCCUCCUCCUUGGCUUUGCCAUUCCAGUAUCCACCAUCUGCAUCCUCUACACCAUGAUGCUCUACAAGCUAAGGAACAUGCACUUGAACUCUAAUGCUAAAGCCCUGGACAAAGCCAAGAAGAAAGUCACUAUCAUGGUCUUCAUAGUUCUGGCUGUGUGUCUCUUCUGUUGGACCCCCUUCCACUUGGCCACCAUUGUGGCUUUGACCACUGACUUGCCCCAGACCUCCACAGUCAUUGGUAUAUCCUACUUCAUCACCAGCCUGAGCUAUGCCAAUUCAUGCUUGAAUCCUUUCUUGUAUGCUUUCCUGGAUGACAGUUUUCGGAAAAGUUUCCGGAAGAUGCUGGAAUGCAGAACUUCUUGA